AUGUUGGAUGUCUCAGAAAAUGACCCCCAGGAUCGCUUGAGGAAGUCGCUGUGGUCGGGAGCCUUUCGCCGGCAGAGUCGCAAGAAGCUGCCGACCUCUCACCGACUCCUGCGGCAGCGAGGAAUGAGACCAAAGAUGACAGGCAUGUCUGUGCGGAGAGUGUCGAAGAGACGCCGGUCAGCCCCGAG